GCAUAAGGAGCAAAGGUGCAACAUCUUUCAUAUGAAGUGUAAGGUGAAGUCCAAGACGUGCUUGGUCAUCAUAGAUGGAGGGAGUUGUACAAAUGUGGUGUGUGACCGGUUGGUGGCCAAGUUGGGAUUGAAGGUACUUAAACACCCAAACCCCUACAAAUUGCAAUGGUUAGGGGACUCCGGAGAGUUGAGGGUGAAGGCUCAAUGCAAAGUUCCAUUGAAGAUUGGAGAAGUUGAGGAAGACAUCCUAUGUGAUAUCAUUCCUAUGACGGCAUGUCAUGUUUUGCUAGGGAGGCCAUGGGAGUUUGAUAGAAGGGCCUACAAAAAUGGCUUCACGAAUGAGUAUUUCUACAUGCUCAACGGGUUGAAGGUUCGUUUGAAGCCAUUGCUACCUAGUGCCGUGUUUGAGGCUAGCCAACAUCUACAAAAGGAAAGAGAGAGAGAUAGGGAAAAAAGGCUAGUAGAAGAAUGUGAGCUAAAAAAGCCAAGUGAGAGUGGGGGUGGUGAGAGAAAAAUAAAAGCGCCCAAAGGAGAGCACCCACAAACAAGAGGGGGAAAGGAAUGUUUGAUAGCUAGUAAAACCGACCUUGGGUGGGCACUAAACAAUCACCCCUCCGUUCUCCUCGUGGUCCGUAAGGAUUUGUGCUUAGCUACUAACCUUGACCCGUAUCCUUUGAUUGUCCAAAGUGUGUUGCAGGAAUUUGAAGAUGUAUUCCCGGAAGAACUCCCGAGUGAACUCCCUCCCAUGAGGGGGAUCGAGCAUCAAAUUGACCUUUUGCCGGGAUCAUCACUCCCAAACCGGGCCGCAUACAAGGCGAACCCCAAGGAGACACAAGAGCUACAAAGGCAAGUCGAGGAACUCCUUGCCAAAGGUCUAAUUCGUGAAUCUCUAUCUCCUUGUGCCGUACCCGUCAUUCUUGUACCUAAGAAGGACGGAAGUUGGAGGAUGUGUGUAGAUUGUAGGACAAUUAACAAAAUCACCAUCAAAUAUAGACACCCUAUACCUAGGUUAGACGACAUGUUAGAGGAUCUUUGUGGCUCUAUAUGUUUUUCUAAAAUUGAUUUGGCUAGUGGAUAUCACCAAAUUCGCAUGAAAGAGGGAGAUGAAUGGAAAACCGCUUUCAAAACCAAAUUUGGCUUAUAUGAAUGGCUUGUGAUGCCUUUUGGUUUGACU